AAGCUGCUGCCGCUGCCGCACACCUCAGAUCAGAGCGGAAAUCCGCCGAGCCUCCACCGGCUUCAAGCUCGCCCUCACAUCUUAAGAGAUUCAGAGAAAGAAAAUCUUUUUAUUAUCAUGUCUUUCUUCAGGUUUUCUUGAUCUGUAAAAUGGCUCUGCACGGAUCGUGCAAGGCAAACGCGGAGUUUUCUGGCUGCUGCUGUUUUGUGGAAGCAGCUCUUUCAGACUGAACCCCCUCUCCACCCCCCUCCUUUUCUCUCUCUCUCUCUCUUUUUUCUUCUUGUUCCAUCUUAUCAGGACGUCGAGGCGUUUUCUUAAAGAAAGCAGAGGCGCAACGUUUGGAUUAAUUUUUGGACAAAUAUGUUUUUUAUUGCUGCACUAUAAGGAUUUCAUUUUUUUUAAUUGAAUUGAUUUUUUAAAUUAUUUUUAGAAAAAAGGCAAAACUCAAACUUGGACAUGGAGAUUAACAAAGAUCGGAUAAAAGAUGGGCUCAAACAAACUGCAGGAAAGGCCUUGGGGGGUCUGUACAGGAGGAUGGAGAAGCGGCAGCAAACAGGUGAGGUUAUCGAGCUGACGGAGGACGGGAGACCCCGGGAGGAACAGGAGCGCCAGCCCCCCAUGUGUGACUGCACGUGCUUCGGGCUCCCGCGCAGAUACAUCAUCGCCAUGCUGAGCGGGCUGGGCUUCUGCAUCUCUUUCGGGAUCCGCUGCAACCUGGGUGUGGCCAUCGUCAGCAUGGUUAACAACAGCACGAUCCAUCUGAACGGCAAGAUCAUCAUCAAAGAGAAAGCUAAAUUCAACUGGGACCCAGAGACAGUGGGGAUGAUUCACGGCUCCUUCUUCUGGGGUUACAUUGUCACUCAGAUUCCGGGGGGAUACAUCUCCUCCAGACUGGCUGCAAACAGGGUUUUCGGAGCUGCCAUUGUGCUGACAUCCAUCCUGAACAUGUUCAUCCCCUCCGCCGCCCGUGUGCAUUAUGGAUGCGUAAUCUGUUUGAGGAUAUUACAAGGCUUGGUGGAGGGUGUGACUUAUCCAGCCUGCCACGGGAUCUGGAGUAAAUGGGCCCCGCCGCUGGAGAGGAGUCGUCUGGCAACCCUCUCCUUCUGUGGGUCGUAUGCCGGAGCAGUGGUGGCCAUGCCUCUGGCUGGGGUCCUGGUGCAGUACACAGGGUGGUCCUCAGUCUUCUAUGUGUACGGAUCGUUUGGAAUAGUUUGGUACAUGUUCUGGAUCUUGGUGUCGUAUGAGAGCCCAGCCGAGCACCCGACCAUCACCGAAGAGGAGCGCCGUUACAUCGAGGACAGCAUCGGUGAAAGCGCCAAACUGAUGGGUGCGAUGGACAAAUUCAAGACCCCCUGGAGGAAGUUCUUCACCUCCAUGCCUGUCUAUGCAAUCAUUGUGGCCAAUUUUUGUAGGAGCUGGACGUUUUACCUGCUGCUCAUCAGCCAGCCUGCAUAUUUUGAGGAAGUCUUUGGCUUUGAAAUUAGCAAGGUUGGAGCGCUGUCUGCUCUUCCUCACCUGGUCAUGACCAUCAUUGUGCCUUUAGGAGGCCAGUUAGCCGACUACCUGCGGACCCACAACAUCAUGUCCACCACUACGGUCCGUAAAAUCAUGAACUGUGGAGGGUUUGGAAUGGAGGCGACUCUCCUGUUGGUGGUGGGUUACUCUCACAGUAAGGGGGUAGCCAUCUCUUUUCUAGUCCUAGCAGUGGGCUUUAGUGGGUUUGCAAUAUCAGGUUUCAAUGUGAACCAUCUGGACAUCGCUCCUCGCUAUGCCAGCAUUCUCAUGGGUAUUUCAAACGGAGUGGGAACUCUGUCAGGGAUGGUCUGUCCACUUAUAGUUGGAGCAAUGACAAAGAACAAGACCCGUGAAGAGUGGCAGUAUGUCUUCCUCAUCGCCUCCCUCGUGCACUACGGAGGCGUGAUAUUUUACGGGAUCUUCGCCUCCGGGGAGAAGCAGCCGUGGGCCGACCCCGAAGAGACCAGCGAGGAGAAGUGCGGCUUCAUCGACGAGGAUGAGCUCGCCGAGGAGACGGGCGACAUCACGCAGGGAUACGGCGCCAUGGGCGGCCCGGCUAAGAGCUACGGGGCCACGGCUCAGCUGAACGGAGGAUGGGUCCAGGACUGGGACAAGACGGAGGAAUAUGUUCAGGAGCCAGCAGGAAAGAUGUACGCCCAGCGUGGCUACUCUUAGACCACACAGCUGUGGUGAGCCUGCUGUAUAAAAAAAACAGACUCUCCAUCGCAGAUUGCACAAACCGUAGACAAAUACUUCAAUUCAUUCUGUGUGUUCAAGUAGUUUCAGAUGAAAUGUAAAGAAGUAGUUCAAGAAAAAAAAGCCUCAUUAGAUUGUCGUGUUUCUCUUCACAUCUGCACACUGUAGGGCUUCACCAAACAUACAGGAAGUGUUUGCAAAGAACACCGCAGGUCUGUUGUACGACUUAGACACCCAAACCUCAUUGAUCUACUUGAACAACGUGAGCCAGACGACGCUGCUGUCGACCAUCAUGUAGAGGGUUUUUUCUCUAAAAUACUAUUCUAAUUGCACUGAAACUAUAAGUGUUCCAAAAACAAAAAAUAUAUAAUGUGUUUUAUGUACUGUAUAGAUCUGUAUACUGUUUCUGUGAGACUAUUGUGAAAUUUUGGGUCACUGAUCUGUGUUAACAUUAAAUAUAAAAAGGCCAUAUUUUUCAUGGACAGUACCUCCUCAGGGAGACGACGUCUGCUUUGCAAAAAAGGUCUUCAUCUUCUUCAGUGAGGCCUAGAAAUACAAGACAAAAACAGCGUGAGUGAAGUUGACUCAUAGAGUUUUAGUGUGUGUUUGUUGCAUGAAUUUGCUCAGAACAAUGUUUUUCAGAUGCAGCCGCCUCGCGGUCACCGACCCGUCUUCACUCAGCCAAACUGCUUCGUCCUCGGGUAAGUGUCUUCAGCCAUCACAAAAAAACUUUAAAAAAUGAACUUUCCCUGAUCAGGUCGCGCCGAGAGACAAAUCAAAACGGUUUUGCAAGACAACGGCUCAGAAGACAUUGUUCAUUGGUGUUUUGGUGUGCAUCGCAAUAAAUUCUGUGUACCAGCUGCCACCCGUUAACAUUCUGUUCUGUAGAGUAAACACUAAGCUUGCCGUAUCUGAUUGUACUUGUUUUGGAGUCAUGUGAUGAUCCGCAUUAAGGUGUGUGUUUCAACAGAUUCCUGGUGUCUGGAAUGUCAGCUUCAGUGCUUACGAUGCAGGAUAUGUUGCAUUUUGAACAGCGAGGAAUGCAGUAAUACAUGCAAACAUCUUAGUUGUUUGUGAUAUCUUGAUGUUUCUUGGUUGUUGUCAUGAGCAUCACAAGUACUUUAAAGGGAUGGUUAGGAUCUUUUGAAGUGAGGUACUGUUUAGUAUUUUCAGCUGUUGAAGUUUGCUUGUUGAACGGCCUCAGUUUUGAAAAAUACAGUUAAAAUCUGACAAGAUUGACAAGCUAAAGGCCAAUCCAAACAGGGCCAAGACCAAAGUGACACACAUAGCAGAUGGGUGUGGGCCAGAUGUGGUGUCAGGCUGGCGCUGCUGGCAUGGCAAGUGGUUUGUCAAUCCAAUGUGAGCCAGGUCCGGCAAUGAUGGCACACCACAACUGAGCCAGUUGUGGUUCGUUAACUGUAGUCCAAAUUUGUCUAUGCCUGGUUCAUGUGGCCCAAAUUGGUCAAUGCCACAACUGGCUCAGUUGUAGUUUGGUUUGUGUGGUGCUGGGCCAUACAUGGACCACCUCUGGCAAACUACAUCUGGGCUACCAAAGGCCCAUCAUUUUUUGCUGCAUCCCAAAUGUUAGUGCAUUAUGUGGGCCAGACAAUUUUUGCUCUGAGUAGCUGCCAUAUUUUAACAAUAACAGUACCAAAAAUGUUAUACAUAAGCACUUUUUAUAAACCUUUACUCUGGUAUCAACAAAUACAUUUCCCAUAGGAAGUGCUACAGCUAGCUGCUGGUUCUGUUAGUGGUUAAAAAUAAUCAAAUUACAAGUAAUAACUGUGCAGUGCAAAAGUGAUAGUGCUGAGUUUAUACAAUAGUGUUUGCAUGAAUUGUAAUAAAUUGAAUUUUUGAGAUUGUAGCAGAAUUAAACCAUAUUUCUUCAAACUGAACUUGUUCAAAAAGCUAUCUACAACAGGUAAGAUAAUAACUGCUCAUAAUCUUUCCACAGAACCCCACUUCUUAAACUCCCAGCUGUGCUUUUUCAUGACACAUUGAUAUUGUAACACUUGAGUGGACCACAUGAAUUUAUAAAUGGCUCUUCCACUUGACUUUAUUUGCUUUUGAAACACGUUAUUCUUCAUUUGCUGUGUGAAAACUGCAAGAAUGUUUAAAAAUAAAUAAAUGAAUAUUUAAGAAUGUUUAGAUGACCAAAAGAUGCUAUAAUGGCUUUGUGCCUGAAGUUUAUGUUAACAAAUAAAUGUGAUUUUACGGCUUCUAUUAUUGUGUUUAAUGAAGAGGUAUGUUGAUGUCAAAAAGUGUUACAAAAAUACUCAUAUGCUUUUAUAAAAAAAAUUAGCUAAAAAAUCA